ACAUUGCUAAUCUGUGGAAGCAUGCACGGUCUAAUGUCAAAAAAUAGUUACAGGAAAACAGGGUUGAAUUAUUUUUAACUUAUUUUGUCUGUGUCUUUAAUUUAUUUUCAUUAACAGGAAAGUAUUAAUGUCUUAUUACAUUACUUUAGUUGGACAUUAUUUAAUAACUCUCAGAUAGACGGCGUCUGUGUAAAAAAUGAUAUAAUGGCCUACGAGAAUUGGUUGAAUCGUAGGAAAGGCAAGCAUAGUGGUAAUUUAUUUAAGUUGGAUAGUAAUAAAAGUAAUGAAGAAAAUAUUAAAGAAAUAAUACAAGGGCUAUACCUAAAGAAAACAACCCAAAAUGAUAUAUCUCCGACGAAUAAAAAUGUACCAGAUACCAAAUUAGGUCUAAGAGGUGUGCAAAGAAAUAGUUAUGACAGCCGCAGAUUGUCCUACUUAAAUGCCUUAGUCACACUUUGUAAAGAAGAUAGAAAUUAUUUGGGAUUCACUAGUGAUGAACUAAUGACAUGCAUCCGUAUAAGUUUAGUGGAUGAGUCUAUGGUUAUCAGGGCAGCAGCACUAAGAGUUUUACGAUAUUUAAUAAAGACUGAAAGUGAUGUAGCAACAUUCAACACUCUGAAACUGCCAUACCUUGUCACUAGAUCCAUAGAUUUAAUGCUUCGCAAUGAAGAAGAGAGAGCACAAGCACUUAGAGUCAUUCGUCGGGUUGUAGCAGUAGUGGGCGCUGCAAUUGGGCAGCCUGCUCAGCGCUAUCGAUCACUCUACAUUGACCAAGGCUUCUUAAGGUGUCUCAUUGCUGUCACAAGAUCAGGCAAUACAGUUGAUGGAACAGGGGAUAGACUAUCAAGACCUGCUAUAGCUGCUUUAGCUGAAAUAUGUGUGUUAAAUCCGGAACUUUUCUUAUCGUGUGGUGGAGUAACGGCUGUAACUCGACAACUAGCUGAGUGUGCUACGCCUCAUAUGGCAGAGGCACUCUGUGGAGUUCUAUUGCACACGCUAAACGACCCCGUUUCCAGGCUAUCGGCGCGAAUAGAUUUGACGUGCCUCAGUUCCCCAUACUGUGAUUUCCAUUUCCGACCAGCUGGAACAGAUAGUAGCAGGGACGAGCGCGAAAUGCGGUUUACUUGUAGCCGGUUAGCUUUACUUUGUGUGCUGCGGAGUUGGCCGGGCCUACUUCACUUCUGUCACCCGCAUAGUUCUGGUGGUCUGCACGCGCUUGUCGCUGCUCUGUACUUGCCGCGGCUGGAGGUCCGAAAAGCUAUAUUAGAUCUGAUGUAUGAAUUGGUCGGGUUACCGCAACCUGAAUGGACAGAUGAAAUUUCUGUAGCUUUGGACGCAGUCGAUCCCUCCGAUUUUCAAGACUCUUGGAGAUUAAACGAAGGUUUUGUUGCUACCGAAGGCACAGCCAUUCUACCUCACCUUAGUGCUACUGGACCAGAUAUAAGUGAAAUUCAUCUUGCCCUUUUACUUCAGUGUUUCCUUGAGGCUGGAUUAUUAGAUGGAUUAGCUGAAGUGAUUGUAACAAGUGAUACAUUUAUAUCGGUCAGAGCGACAGUUUUAUUAGGCCAAUUAUUACAUUUAAUACACUUUUUCCUGCCAUCUCAAAUAUGUAGUUCGUCACCUGCGCUUCCAUCGUUGAUGUCUCAAGCGUCAAUGGGGAAGCCGCAAGCACUCGCGGCAAUCGCCGCUUUACGCAGGCUUCACUCAAUGUUCGAAGCGAGGCCUGCAAGCAGUAGUUUGUUUCUAGACCAUAUUAUACAGUAUUGUAGCGGUGCAUUUAAAGAGAAAGUGGAAGAUACGACUAAGAGUAGAAAGGAGAAAGACAACGCCAACAUGGCGAAGCCUAAACUCGACUGUACCUUGCAUAAAGACAACAGCAUCGAGUUUUUGGAUGAAUCCGAUAACGAAAACGAGCCGAAAAGGCACAGUGUAGGUUCGCGCGCCGAUGUGACGUCCCGGAACGUCGGCGCGUUAGUGAAAAGCAAAAGUGUCAGUUCACGGACCAGUGCGGCUGUGAGUAAAGUUACGAAAUCGGCUAAAUUGAAUAGACUGAAACUUUUUGAACGCGACAGUGAUAGUUUGAUACGGUGCACUUUAGUCAUGCAGAACAAAGACGGCAACACUUGGAAUUGGGAAAUAAUAAGGACGAUUCUGAAGGAAAACGAUAAUUCUCCAUUGUUAAAUUUGAACGACAGUAGUCAUAGAGCAUGGGUAGGGCGCAUCAUCAACUAUCUUAAACCUUCUUCCAAUAAGUAUUCACACACGGAUCUUUCGACCACGGGCCACGGUCAUUCUGCCACUCGUGCUGGCUGUCAGCUCAUCAGGCAUCUGUUAAAGCAUAACGACGCUGAUUGCCAAAGGAUCUUGGAGGAAUUAUUCCUCGACGUGAGUCGCCAAAUUGAAGCUAUAGAGACAGGAUUGAAAGCACAUGGCUGCUUGUUCAGCCCACAGCACAUGUGUAAUACAAUGUGCCAGAUGUAUUUCUUAUUUAUUGGACAACUAUGCCACUCGCACACAGGUCUAAGGCUCUUUAAGGAGACACGAUUGUAUGAAAAUCUAUUGGAACUUUCGACAAAGACGCAUCACAGUUGCUACGUGAAAUUAGUGAUAUCAAGUUUAGACUACACCCUCGAUUCUUACCCUCGUGAUAUUCUUGCCAAAACUCUGACUUGCAACAUUCAAGCCUCUAGAUUGUACACUACUCAGUUCCUAAACGUAUUACUAAGGGCGACGCGAAAGUCUCGAGAGUUAGUAAGACGUAAAUCGAAGCUAAAGAUGAAUUAUAUACAAGAGCAGUUGAAAACAGCCCAUAGAGAUGACGCCGACAUGAAUCAUGGUGUGGAUAUGGAUACGUGGAUAUUGCAAAUGUUAGUUGGACAAGUGAAAGACGAGUCGAAAGAAGUCGUGAAGUAUGCCUUGGCCAUUUUGGAAGAAGCGUACAGUGUGCCAGCAUACUUUGAGAAGCUGAAGUCGAUGAGAGAGACGCUGUGUCAUAACUGUCGAUUAGAUAAGUACGCAGAGCCUUCCAGCUUGGAUUUCUCAACGGUGGGAGACCGCGGUUACUUGUUAUGGCUCGGCCUAGAAGUUGCUGCAGCCGCUGAUACUUCUGAUGUCAAAUCUGUUGCCUUCCUCAAGAAACAUUUGGAGUUUUGGACAAAAUUUUAUAACUACAGAUACGUUCGAUUGGUGGAGGCGGGCGUGCACGAGGCAUUGACGCUGUCGGAGGGCGGGGUGCAGAGAGCGCGUGCGCGCCGUGCUGCCCGCCCGCCGCCCCACCUGCACUCUGCGGUGGCAGCGCGCGCGCCGCCCGCCCUGGCACGCGCUCUGCUCGCCACCGUGCUGCCCGCGCACUACAGGAUAUUACAGCAUCAAAAAUGUGCUUCCGAACAAGAAAUCGUGGAUUUAAAAGCUUCGCUUUGGGCAAUGGGAAGCACGGCUGUGACUUCUCAAGGUCUGCAGCAGCUGAUGAAUUUGUCCAAUGGUUAUUUAGAAGAUUCAGUUCCUGUCCACAUAGUGCGACUGGCUAAGUACUGCCCAGUGUACUCUGUGCGGGCCACGGCUUUCUACGUACUUGGUCUAAUUGGAAGCACAUAUGAUGGCGCCAAUGUGCUAGCUGAUCUGGGUUGGUUAUGCGUUAGGCAUACGAGACACGACCAAUUUCCUGUGAUACCGGAGGAAAUGUUCCCCGCCGUAUAUGACUCUAGCGGGGCGCACUUUGUGAUGUCACCGGACCGACGUAUCAACUACGACGCCGAUAUCAGCGAACACUCAGACCACACAGACCAAAGCACGGUGGAGAGUCUCCAUUCGGACAUAACAAAACAUCUGAACAGAAUCGGCACGGUUCUUUCCGAAGAGGUCAAAGAUCAGGAUGUAGUGGAUCACAAGGCUAACUUUACAGAUGGGCGAAGGGACGAUAAAAGGAAGUCGCACACCCUUCCCUCGCAAGGCUGCAGUAGUUCCCACGACCGCCCGAUGCUCUCCGAGUCUAGAACGGUGGACAUAUUGAGAGACUGCUCGAAUUACGAACGCCAGAAUAGACUGAUAGUUGGUAGGAUGAACUCGUUGGAACACGCUCAUGAAGGCCGCGUCAGGAAUACUAGUGAGUCCAGUACAAGCGGUGUGAGCAGCUGUGAUUCAUUUCUUGGGAAAUAUGCUAUUCCUGAUAGAAUCCUAACAUUGAGUCCAAUACCGAGUUCCUCAAGUUUAUAUGGUAUGAAGAGCACUAGUAGUUCCCACCGACCGAAGAUAUGCGAACUCCAACGACGGACAUCUACCUCAAGUUUUACCGGUCCAGAUGUUGCUAGUUCGCCUCCUAGCCAAACAGAUAUCACCGGAUUUGCCACUUUAAAGUCGUUAAAUAGACGGCCUCAUUUAUCUGAAAGUGCUGCUACGGGAUCAAGUGACCUGGACGAUUUAAAUUGGCUGCUAUCCGAAAGUAACAGAAGAUCGAAACCUUUCUCUUCCUUAAGAGAUCGAGCGAAAUCGACGAGAGAACGAAUGACAAAAUUAAGCCUGCUGGAGUACGACUGGAAGCCGCUAGGCGCGGGCGACGCAGGGAUCGCGGGCGGGGGCGGUGGCGGCGGGGCCGGGGGAGGAGGGCGGUCGUCUCCGCGUCGACGGCGAGUGCCGCCCGUGCAGCCUGCCCCUCGCGCCCCCCCGCCGCCCGCCUACAUCGGCAUCUGUCUGCCGAGGGACCUCAUGGAGCUGUUCCCCAGGGACGAAGAAAACAAAGAACAAGACGAUGGUGAUAGCAAACCGGAAACGAGGCGCACCCGAGUGCCAUCAUUCAUGGCCGAGUCAAGUAACGCUAGCACGGAUAACAAGUCGCGCGCCACUCCUGAUAGCCAGAAGUUGGCUUUCUAUAGAGCAUCAUCAGGUGGUACGACAAAUGUCAGUUUAGUUGGAAUAGGUAACCCUGUUCCUAAUAAUAAUAGCGGGUUAGCCAAAGAGAGAACGGACAGGGAGCGCAUAUCCGAAGAGAACACUACUGACAGCAUAACCGAAGACAAACCAGUGAAUAACACGACAACACAUAGUAACAAAACGAAUGCUACUAGUACGAGUGUCGUGAACGCAAUAAAUAAUAAUGCCGAACAAAGUGUCUCGGUAUUGGCUGAUAAUAGAACUAUUUCAGCGGCUGAGAGGGAUAAUGCGAAUGUGAACAAAGGGCAAUCGGAAACCGAGAACAGUUUGAGUAUAGGAGUUGUUACUAGACAGAGCAACAGAUGGCGACACUCGGCGGCAGAAUGCCUGGCCUGUAUGCGGACUAGGCCGCCCUCUUCGCACGAACUACGCGAAGCAUUCUUUGCAGGAAUGGAAGGUUCAUCUAUACUGGAUAGCCGCAGCCCGCCCAGCAGCCCCGCGCCCAGCGAGCGUACGCCGCACGCCGAAGUGUUGCAUCACGUACACUACAUGUCCAAUCCCACGCACCUGCGACAGACACGUUCAGCGCUCCUGGCGCUCAAGCAACGGCACCCUGAUGUAUUCCGUAGCCCGUGCGUAUAUUCGGACGUGUGUGCUCUCCUAGCUAGGGACUCGUACAUGUUGUGCGCGCGCCGUUUCCUCCAGGAGUUAUUCCUCGACGCCAACUUCGAGUGCUUCGCAAGCGAACCCGCCACACUACUAGCUCGACACACUACGCCCACUGACGAGUCCCAAUAGCAUUUACAUAUAACGCGGCUACCUUAGUACAGGGGCGUCACGUUCAUAAAAACACCGUGUUCAUAGGCCCAAGCAUGAGUUUUUGACAGCUCCGUAACGUAUAGUCACCAUAGACACAAUACAUAUAAGAGCAGUACUUCGACUUCAUACUAGCGCCCGAAUCGACGCACGCACACAGACAAACGUCAUUUACACGGCCGCUAACCAAUCUUGCCAAGACAAAUCUACGCAGUGCCACGUCGCGCGCCGCCGAGACUGGUCGUUGGUCGAGUUAAGUAAGCUGCCCCCGCGCCGUCUGCGUCCGUUUUGAUUCCGUAACGUAGCAAUAGUAACUAUACACAUACAAUAAAAAUCUACACAAAUAUGUUUUACAUUUUGUAAGUACCAACCCUAGCGCUCCACUCAGUCGUAAGUAUCUAUUUAAAGAAAAAGGCUGAGUUACGCUACUGCUCUUGUAUGUAUUGUGCCAUAGAGGUAUAAGAAUUGAGUGGGGAAGGCGGCUCUAAAAGUGUCCGUCUAGUAGAAAGAGAAAGAAGAUUAGAGACCGCUAGCUAUCUCUGUUUCUUGUGACGCAUGGCAUCCAAUCGAAAUAGUAAGAUGCUUACGGUUGCCAAUGCGUAUACGCGAUUCGAGAGAGUAAGCUAGCGGUCUCUCAUCUUCUUUCUCUUUCUAUUAGAGGGACACUUCCACUGGCAGUAGAGUCUAUGGCCCAUAUUACAGAAUGACAACUAAAUGUUGAUCUUUACUUGAGUACAGUUAGACAAGGGAUGUCGCUAUGUGCUAUAUAUAGCGACAUCCCUUUCUAGCUAUGCUCAAGACUAGAUCAAUCACUGAAAAUCUUUCUAUAAUACAGACCUAUAUCUCCCCUACUCUAUUCUUAUACCCCUAUGAUAGUCGCCGUCAAAUUUUGUAUGGAGAAAGCUAAUUUGUUCUUGCGUCCGAUAAGGACGCUGCUUAGUUUUCAUCAUAACUUUGACGAUGCGAUACGUUGAGGAGCUGUCAAAAACUCGUGCUUGGGCCUAAGCUUAAAUUAAGGCCGUUACGGUGCAAACAGUUAUGAGAGCAAAUAAUUGCGUUAAUGUUCAGCUUAUUAAGUAUUAUUUCUGGUAGCAAUAAUUAAAGAACACUAGUGCAGUGUAAUCGAAGUGAUACAUAAUUAUGGCGGAAUCGUAUCCAAAUGAACCUACUUUGUACGCUUGGCGCCCCCUAAACGAUGAUAUUUUGCGUUUCGGUUUUAUGCAUCGUAUAUCUGAUUAGCCACUAGUCGUUACCUUGAGUCGUAACUUGAUUUGUAAAUUGAUAGUUAUGAUGUAUGCUUAUCAUAGGCCUCCGAGGAAUCAUAGCGUAUAUUAUUAAUUACAUCUCACCAAUUAACUAUUAAACUUAUUGAUGGUUUGACUUCCUAUUAGUCUUAUUCUCAUUGUGUACAUUUGUGUUCUGCUGACUGUCAAGUUCGACACCUGACAAUUGUAUUGUUAUAAAAGUAACUUAUUAGUAUAGACAGGAAUUUAAUUGUAUUUACAUACUAAUGCAAAUUAAGGUAAGCUCUUUAGAUGUUAAUCUAUCGCGAUAAGCAGGUGAAAAUGCUUCGUAAUUUAUAUUAUUUUGUAAAUUUAUAUAGUUGUGUACGAUGCGUUAUAAAAAAUGAGUCUUUUUUUCCAUCUCGGUUUUCUACAAACGGUGUGUUGAUUUAAAUAACAUUGUUCCUUUCUUACCGUGCGACCUUGUGUUUACGGAACUAUAAAUCUGAUAUUGCAUUUACGUAUUAAUUAAUGAAUCGGAUCACGGCGAGUCUUUGAUUCAUCCUCACAGUAUGACAAUAGUUAGCGUGUACUCAGACUGAAUAUUGCACCAUUCCCUCUUAUCCCAUAGUUAAUUUAAGUGAUGUAUCCCACCUACAGCAACGCCUCAGAUUCUUAAGUUUUCUCUCACUUUAUGCAAAUUAAACACAUAGGCUUAAGUAUUUGUGUUCAGUUUUGGUCUUAUGCAUUUAGUUUUCGUUAGAAUCGUUAUUCUCUGUAACUAUUUAUGUUAGGUAAUAUUUAAUUAUGAUAUUAAAACACUAUUAUCAGAAAAAGCCGAAUGUCACAUAACUAUCUGUUAUAGUUUAAUUGUUUGUUAAGGAUCAAUUCAACAGUAAUAAUAUAUGUUAGGAUAAGCUUUUCGUUUGACAUUUUGUAAUCUAAUAUUAUUUAGAAGAGUCCUCAAAGAUACAUUACAGUAUUUCUAGAAUUGUCAAUGAUUUACCAUUGUAGUUUGCUUUCGGUUACUGCAUACUGCAUUUAAAUAUCCUAGCCUUGUUUACUAUAUACAUUUUGUUUUCUUGUUUCUUAUGUUGCUAACUUAUUUGAUGUACCAAUUUUAAUGGUUAUAUUCAAUUAUAAGUAAACGCUAGUCUAAUAAUAUAUAAAUACAUAUAUAAAAUCUUAUUGUUUACCUGUUGGCCUUUUUCAUGUUCUACCGAACAUGAAUUUCAUAAACUAUUAUUAAUAAUUUAUGAAAUUGAUUGCAGCUGAGUGAUUUUGUUACAAUGGUGAUAUUUGUUUACAUUACAUAUUAAGCAACUUAUCUACGUUUUUAGUGCGUCGUAUGUACAGAUAUAAGCAGAAGUGCAUGCUUGAUAUAUACCUUCUUUCAAGAGAUGAGAGAUUUAAUUACCUAUAUAAAUCUCAAUUUAUUUUUCUUGAUAAUAAUCAACGAAAAUCGCUGUUUAAUAAUCGUUACAGCGAAUCGACUUUUUUACUCUUAAUGCUAUAAUAUUAAAUUUUUAUCGUUUACCUUCAUUCUCAUUGUAUGAUUACGAAGAUAAACAUGCUGAUUGAUGUGUUUAUGAAAAAGGUCUAAAGAAAUAACUGAUUUGGUUUUCCAGAUGGCAAGAUAAAACUUCAGAAUAUUAUAUUAAAAUAGUUACUAACUGCAUAUAAUAAAGAGCAAAUCGAAUAUAGUGCCAUUGUGCUGGUUCCUUUAAAAUCAUAAUUAAAAAAGCAAUUACAAUAUUAUUACCGACUCAAUUGUCACAGUCACUAUUC